CCCACCACAUUUACAGGAGACAUUUUUACUCUCCGUCGCUCACUCUCUCUCUGCCUUUUGCCUUUUGGGUUUGCAAAAAGCAUAAUCCUUUGAUGAAUGAAUCAUACGCUUACCAGUAUUCCCAAGUACGUCGAUUUCGUUUUUUUUACCCUUCCUUUUUGGCUUUUUCAUUAAUAAUAUCGUGAUGAUUUCCCUUUACGCGCCAUUCAAUUACCAUUUUUUUAGCUAGUCCUGUGAAUUGUGAUGCAGUUUUUCGUGUAUAAAAUGUUGGGUUGUGUGUAAAUUUCAAUUUUUUUACUGCCUCGAUCUUGUUUUUAUUUAUUUUUUAUGUUUUUAUGUACUUGCAAAUCGUAAUAAGUGUUCUCAUCGUCAGCUGUUGAAAUUUGACUGCUGGUGAGGCUAUUUCUUGUUUUCCUUGUUUCUUUACUAAAGAAAGACGACUUUCAACAAUUUGCUUUGUGGGAAAGUUGGAAAUCGGGAAAUUGAUCAAAUCUUUCGCCUUCAAAAUACUUCCAGAAGAACCCAAAAAUCUCAGUCCAAGAACACAAAAGUCUGCCAGCGGAAAGGAAAAGAAUUUCAAAGUGUUUUUCCUGGAAAAGGAAAUUAUUGGUUUUGUUGGACAAGAAAAAGAUUGAAAUCUCAGGGAGAUAUUGACCGAAAAAAUAAAGGGAAAUCUCAGAGAGGCGGACAUUGAUCCGUGCAUAUAUAGACAUAUCCUCAACCAAGAAAGAUGGGUUCUUUCAAAGGUCAUAUUCUGCCAGGGACUUUGUUUUUGGUUGUUGGGGUGUGGCACGUAUGGUGCUCGCUGGUGAGAUAUGUGUCAAACCCCAAGUCCUUUCGGGUACAUGUAUGGAACCCAGUUCCCGGUGUUGAUGGGAGGCUUAAGUAUUUUGAGCUUUAUCUUAUAGCAGUUGGUGCUUUCAUUGAUAUGUGUAUCGAGCUUUUGUAUUCGACCCAUCUCAAGUUCUUUGUAGAUGGAGUCUUGAACCCUCAUCACAUGAAUGAUUUCGAGCACUCGGGGAUGCUUCUUAUGUUCUUUAUCUUUGGGGUUGUCACCCUGAUCUCACAGGAGACAAGAUUUCUUCCGAUGCCUGAAGGAGCUCUUGCUCUGAUUGCUGCUACAGCAUUCUGUGCAGAGUAUCUCCUUUUCUACUUUCACUCAACAACUCAUAAAGGCCUCGAGGGGUAUUAUCACAUCCUCCUUGUCCUCCUAAUCGGGCUCUGCAUAGUAUCAACUGUAGCUGGAGCCCUCUUACCAACCAGCUUUCCAAUUGAUUUAUGUAGCGGUAUUGCCAUAACUCUCCAAGGCCUCUGGUUUUAUCAGACUGCGUUCACUCUCUACGGCCCCAUGAUGCCAGAUGGUUGUCAGCUCAAGGAUGAUAUGAUCUCAUGUCAUUCUGUCGACAAUGAGGUCCGAGGUGAGUUGCUUGCAAACUUCCAGUUCUUUACCAUGGUUCUUAGUGUACUUGUUGCAGUUGUGGGAGGAUAUGGUUUUGUUGCCUCAAGAUUUGGGCAUUCUGAUCAACGGAGCUUGCGUGCAGUAUAGGAUGUAUUCGUUGAUGAUCGACAUAGGGGUUUGACAUGCAGAUCUACGAAAAUAUAAUGUUUAACGGAGGAAAGAUCGAAACAUAGAUUUUUAGAUUUAGAAGCAAAUGGAGAUACGAGUCGUGGAGUUAGUGGCAUUCAUAACAUCAUAGAUACAAGGGGAACUUUUUUUUGUCAAUAAUGAAGAGGCUUUUGUUCAAGGUCGUGUUCUUCCCUAUUUAAAAUGAAAAUGUGUUUUAUAUAUGGAUUGUUUUGUAAACUUAUUUUUGCUUGGUGUCGAAUUUUGUAACCUUAUUGUGAUCUAUAUAAUAUUUGACGUAUUUAUUCAUUAAAAUGA